UAAAAGUCUACUGAUAACGGCUACUAAAGUUUUAACUGAAACAGAUGUCCAACAGUCAUUUAGUUUCUGUUGAAAAGACAAUCUAAUCACACUUAAGUAUUUUUUGGACUUAAAGUAGUUUCAACCUCACUCAAUAGUUAAACUAUUUUUAGUCAGUUUAUUUUAUAAAAGUUUGAAACUUACUACCCAAAUGGAAUAUUUGUUAAGAUCCCUUGGGCACGUACGUCAGCCCUCCGACACUCAAGCUUUUCGAGAAAGAACGAAAAGGGAUGCUGAGAGCGAGAUGCAGUUCGAACUAAAUCGUCUUGAAGCGACAGCUCCGGGGCAUCUCCGAGAUCGCAUAAAGUUAGAGCUAGAUGGAUUCCAAAAAUUAUUUCAGAAGUUCCUUCAGGAUCAAGGACCUUCGGUUGUAUGGGACCAAAUUCAAAAGUUACCUGAAGGAGCGAUCAGAGAUUAUGAUUCUCUGGUAGAGCCUAGCUACGAAGAAAUUCGUACUAUGUUAAAUAAAUUGAUAGUCGUUAAAUUAAAUGGAGGCUUAGGGACCAGCAUGGGAUGUCACGGACCAAAAUCGUCAAUCACUGUACGGAAUGAUCUCACUUUUUUAGAUCUUACAGUACAGCAAAUUGAACAUUUGAAUAGAGAAUAUAAUGUGAGCGUACCAUUAAUUUUAAUGAAUUCCUUCAACACGGAUGAUGAAACACAAAGAAUUAUCAGAAAAUACAAAGGAAUUGAUGUUAUCGUUAAAACUUUUAAUCAAAGCUGCUUCCCUCGUAUCAGUAGAGAGUCUCUACUGCCUAUAGCUAAAAACUGCGAUGUCGAUGACGAUAUGGAGUCGUGGUAUCCUCCGGGACACGGUGACUUUUAUGAGAGCUUCCAUCGAUCAGGUUUACUGGAUGAAUUCAUACAUGCUGGACGUGAAUACUGUUUCAUUUCAAAUAUUGAUAAUUUAGGAGCAACAGUAGAUAACAAAAUUUUGAAAUUAGUCCUUGAACCGAUGAACGGACCCCAUGAAUUUGUAAUGGAAGUUACGGACAAAACACGAGCUGACGUCAAAGGAGGUACUCUAAUACAGUAUGAAAAUAAGUUACGUCUUCUGGAAAUAGCACAAGUACCUAAAGAAAAUAUAGAUGAAUUUAAAUCUGUUAAGACUUUCAAAUUUUUUAAUACCAACAAUCUAUGGGCCAAACUUAGUGCCAUUCGCCGAGUAUUGACUGAAAAAACGUUGGAUAUGGAAAUAAUAGUUAAUCCAAAGGAAGUUGAAGGUGGACUUAAUGUUAUUCAGUUGGAAACUGCUGUAGGUGCAGCUAUGAAAUCAUUUGAUGGAAGUAUAGGUAUCCACGUGCCACGAAGAAGAUUUUUGCCUGUUAAAAAAACAUCUGAUUUAUUACUUGUCAAAAGUAAUUUGUAUGAUUUUCGUAAUGGAUCUUUAUUAAUGAGCCCUAAGAGAAUGUUUCCCGUCACGCCACUUAUUAAAUUAGGUGACAAUCAUUUUGCCAAGGUAGCAGAAUUUUUACGGCGAUUUGCUAGUAUUCCUGAUUUGUUAGAACUGGACCACCUAACUGUUUCCGGAGACGUAACAUUUGGUCGCGGUGUAUCACUGCGUGGUACAGUAAUUAUAAUUGCAAACCACGGAGAACGUAUUGAUUUACCGUCAGGUACUAUAUUAGAAAAUAAAAUAGUAUCAGGUAAUUUACGUAUCUUAGAUCAUUGAAAGUUUAAUUAAGAUUUAUGUAAGAGUUAUUAUUGUAUAAUCACUGUGUCAAGUAUAAAUUAAGAGCCAGUUUUAAUUUAAUGUUUUUUGGGUUCGAUAUUUGUCAAUUGCGCAAACGAAAAAAUUUAUGCUUAUUUUUGUAGUUUUUUUGAUGAAAUUAUAUACUAAAAUAUUGAUAUAAAAAUAUACGUACAUCUAGCCUGUAUGAAAUUUAUUUUGGUCUAUUGUAACUUUUUUUUUUAAAUAUUUUAUCAACUAAUAUUCAUUUAUUCAAAUAAAUUCGCUGUACAAGAUAAUACUUAUACAAUAAACAUUUUAAAUAUUUUACUUCACGUA